UAAAAUAGUUAUAUAGAACUGAAAAUAUUAUCACUUUGCUAAUGCUCAAGUGCAAACUACUUGAGACAUAUUUCACUCGUCUAAUGGGUAGAACGUCACACAUAAAUAGUAGCUAAUUCUAUCGGUGCUUUGCUCUCCUCUCAAGGGCUUCGAAUUGGAACACAAGGCGAUCCAUCCUUCUAUCCGAAGAGGAAGAAGAAGCAUAUGCUUGUCAUAUGCUGUUUUUGGUUAUUGCCCAACCACAGUCAUGAGUGGAAGAGCCAAACCCAUUCUUUAAAGCAAAAGGGUCCACACACACGCGAACCGAAACACUAAAACCUUAUCUAGUGCCAGCCAAUGGACUUUCUCUUUGCUUUCCCUGUAGAGCCCAAAACACUAUCCACUUAUACUAUCAAUUCCACAUCACUAAAUUGAUUUUGAUUAAAAUGUCUUCUUAUUCUAUGAAUUCAAACCACUCCCAAUACUGGAACAGCCAUGGCCCAUUCACUAACCACAACCCCAGCCGCUGCAAUUCCUAUAUCGUCAUCGUCCAAGUCUAAGAACCCAACUAUCCAUGUUGCAUCUCUAGGAUUUCAAGGACUACUGGCUCACCAUAAAGAUUCUAAGCCAGCCUCUCACAGCAAUCUCGUCCAUCGGAGCCGCAGGACUGUGACUUUAGGUUUGGCAAGUGGGUUAUUACUGGGCUUGACAGUGGGUGAAGGCAGCGCGAAUGCAGCAAGAAGGCAGGCUCCUCCACCACCGGAGGAAAAAAAGGACCCAAAUGUAAGCGGGGUGCAAGCAAAAGUGCUAGCAAGCAAGAAAAGGAAGGAGGCAAUGAAAGAAUCAAUAGCCAAGCUAAGAGAGAAAGGGAAGGUCGUAGACGAACAAUCUAAGCCUAUAAUGAAUGAACUAUCUGAAUAGUAUUAUAUAACUUCACUCUGUAUUACAUUCUAAGCAAUUUUCUUGAGCGGAAUGGAAAUUUUCAUUCUAAUAAUAGAGAUAAAUUCCUCAUCA